AUGCUCGUUCGCUGCCUUCUUCCAAUGGAGCUCGAAACCGGCCCUGGAACAAAGAAGUCAUCAACGCUGUGCUCCUUUCUGCUCGUCAUCGCAACAUUCCUUGUGCUUGAAGUACCCGGACAGUCCAACAAUGACGGAAGCGUCGGAGUCGCCAAUCACAAAUUGAUUGGCAAGAAAGUUACGCUUGUCAACUACACCAUCGAGGCUAACGAGACAAACUUCAACUCCGACGAGUACAGGAUGCGCAUCCCGAAUGCAUGUGAUGUUAAGAUCGACAACGAUACCAUUGAGCUUCAGUACAACAACAGUGGAUGCACAGUGGAUCUGCUCAUCAAGAACGAAGACUACAACAAAAAGAUCAAGUUCAAGGCUGGAGUGAGGAACAAAGGAGGAGAGCUCAAAAGUUGUCUUAAGAAUGCCGUCCAUGUUAAGUACAGCUCUAAUAAUAUUAUGCCCUUCGUCUACAGCAAAAACAACAAGGUCGUCGAAAGGCUCAGCCAUGGUCCAAUCUAUGAUCACGAGGAUAAAUGUAACAAACAACAGUGUGGAUUAUGUAUGCCGUGGACGACUCUCGAAAUCUCAUGGAGCAAGUCUGGUAGAGAUGUCUAUGCAUACACUCAUCUAGGUAAAAUAAAACGAUUACUGAUACAUUUAUUUACCUUUGUCCUUUCAGUUGGUGAAGUUGAGCUUGGUGAAAAGCUGCGUAUAACUCAAGGUGGAAACGAAAUAGUAACCUUCGACAUGGAGGUUGAAGGCGUAGGCAAAUUCAAGAUGGGUCCGAACUCAUUCAAGGCUUCGAAAAAUGUACUCUGCGUUCCAGAGAACAAUCCCAUCGUCGAACCAGAAACAUGGACCAUCACAAAUGAGAAUCUGAUAAAUAGACGACUACUCGUCUUCAGCAUGCUUCCAGUGAAUGCGUCUGUUGGAACACAUGAUGGAACAAAGUUUGCGGGUACACCACCACCCGGACCGCAUUGUAAUCUCUUCGUUCAAUUUGUGAGUUUCUACAUUACUUUUCUGUAA